GAUUCCAAAAGAGGAUUUGGCAUUGCAGUGUCGGGAGGCAGGGACAACCCCCACUUUGAAAAUGGGGAAACGUCCAUCGUCAUUUCUGAUGUGCUCCCAGGUGGACCCGCUGAUGGCUUGCUUCAAGAGAAUGACAGGGUGGUCAUGGUCAAUGGCACCCCCAUGGAGGAUGUACUCCAUUCCUUCGCCGUGCAGCAGCUCAGGAAAAGUGGGAAGAUCGCAGCCAUCGUGGUCAAGAGACCCCGGAAGGUUCAGGUGGCCCCGCUCCAGGGCAGCCCUCCUCUCAGUCAUGAUGACCGAGGUUUUGAGGUGAUAGAUGAAUUUGAUGGCAGAAGUUUCCGCAGCGGCUACAGCGAGAGGAGCCGGCACAGUAGCCAUGAUCUGCUCAGUCAGAGCUGGGAGGACAGCAGGGAGAGGGGGCGUCCCCAGCAGCGCACACAGAGCCGGGAGCGGGAGCGCAGCCGUGGCCGGAGCCUGGAACGCGGCCUGGACCACGAAGACUAUGGACGCAGCCGUGAGCGAAGCCGGGGUCGGAGCCUGGAGCGCGGCCUGGACCACGGCUUUGUGUCCCGGGACCACAGCCGUGGCCGCAGCAUCGACAGGGACUACGACCGCGACUUUGAACGCAGCUAUCGCCAUGCCUAUGAGCCUGACUACGAAGGCCGCUACAGCCCACCGUACGACCGCAGAGCCCAGCCCGAGGCCCGCUACGAGCGCAGCCACAGUCGCGAACACCUCCGCUCCCGCAGCCCCAGCCCUGAGCCUAGGUCCCGGCAGGAUCACAAGGGCCAGCAUGAUCCCGACAGGCCCAUCGGGGUCCUUCUGACCAAAAGCAAAGCAAACGAAGAGUAUGGUCUCCGGCUGGGGAGCCAAAUCUUCAUCAAGGAAAUGACCAGAACUGGACUAGCAACCAAAGAUGGCAACCUUCAUGAGGGGGACAUAAUUCUCAAGAUCAAUGGAACUGUGACUGAGAACAUGUCUUUAACUGAUGCCCGGAAGUUAAUAGAAAAGUCUAGAGGAAAACUGCAGCUCGUGGUGUUGAGAGACAGCAAGCAGACCCUCAUCAAAAUCCCAUCCCUAAACGACAGCGACUCUGAAGUAGAAGAUAUCUCAGAAAUAGAAUCCAACCGGUCUUUUUCUCCUGAGGAAAGACAUCAGCAGUAUUCUGACCAGGAUUAUCAUUCCUCCAGCGAGAAGCUGAAGGAGAGGCCGAGUUCAAGAGAGGAAACCUCAGGCAGGCUGUCCAGGAUGGGGGCCACACCCACUCCAUUCAGGUCCACAGGGGACAUCACAGCUGCAGGUGCCACGGAGGCCAACAAGGAGUCCAGGUACCAGGAAGAAACUCCAGUUCCUCAACCCAGAGCCGCCCCAAGAACAUUUCUUCGUCCUAGUCCCGAAGAUGAAGCAAUAUACGGCCCUAACACCAAAAUGGUGAGGUUCAAGAAGGGAGACAGUGUGGGCCUCCGGCUGGCUGGUGGAAAUGAUGUUGGGAUAUUUGUUGCUGGCAUUCAGGAGGGUACCUCAGCAGAGCAGGAGGGCCUACAGGAAGGAGACCAGAUUCUGAAGGUAAGGAAGCCUGCCCUCUAGCGGUCACUCGAGAAG